AUUUAAUAAAGAUAUUAUUAAUUUGUUAGAAUAUCAAAUGGCACCAUUACCAGAACCAAGUAGCCAAAGUGUUUAAUCUGUUGAAAAUAAGGAUGUUUUCAGAUUCAUAUACAAAAACAAAGAAUACGAUGUGACCGAAUAUGUUCCCAAACAUCCAGCCGGCAAAUCCUUUUUUGAAAAGAUGAAGGAUGAGAAAGAAGAUAUUACAGAAUAUUUCAGGUGCCUACACUCCAAACGAGCUUUGAAAAUAUUAAAAUCCUAAAAAGUUGUGAGGUCUAAUAUUAAGGAAUCUGAAGAAAGCAAACAAUAUACUCACAUCAAAAAGUAAGUAAAAAACCUUUUUGAGCCUGAUUGGACAAUUGAACUUCUCCUUUUUAUUGGGUUGAGUCUAGGCUUGUAUUUAGGGGUUACUAGUGAAUGGUAUAUAGCAAUACCUACUAUUGCUUUGACUUAAAUAGUGGCUGGAUGGUAAGGACAUUCAACAAACCACAACCGAAAUCCUUUGUUGUAUAAACUAUCUAUUCCUUAUGGAAUUAUUCAUGGUUUUUCUGCUGAUUGGUGGCAAUUCAAACACAAUAACCAUCAUAUCUUCACAAAUAGAAUAGGUAAAGACGAUGAUAUUAAUCACGUAUAUCAAAAAUGGUAAUUUGGAUUCCUUUAUUUGAAAUGGAAAUUUGAUUCUUUUCUUGCAUCAUACAACAAGAUUGACAUCAUCUAUAUACUAAUACAUCAAAUAAUCGUAUUCUAACAAAAAAUAUGGAUUUAUGUUGUUGCAUAAUAUAUUGCAGGAUUCUUUAGCGCCUGCAUUUUGAUAGGGAAUCACGAAAGAGAAUAUAAGUUCUUUAAUAAAAUUGACAAGCCUUUUAUUGAACAUUAAAUUAUCACAUCUAGAAAUUAUGAUUGGACUGAUUGGUUAUCUAAUUUGUUGAUGGGAGGAAUGUAAUUUUAAACAGAACAUCAUUUGUUUCCACAAAUUCCCUUCUAUAGAUUGCCUUAUGCAGCCAAAAUUAUUAAUAGAGAGUUGAACAAAUUUGGAUACAAAAUACAUGUUGGCAAAAUAUUAUGAUAAUAUAUAAAUGGGUGAUAUUACAAUUAUUUAGA